GACCGGCACCGGGAACAUGGCGGACACGGUGAACGUGGGGGUGAACCUGGACGCUUUCUCUCACGCGAUCAGCGGGAUUCAGGCGCUGCGCUCGAGCGUGAGCCGCGUGUUCGAGUCUCUGAAGGACGGGAUGAAAAACCGCGAGACUCUGGAAGGGCGCGAGAAGGUUUUUAUUGCCCGGUUCCAGGAUCACCUGCAGGCCGUGAACCGGGACCUCAAUGAGUUGGAGCGUCUCAGCGGUCUGGUGGGUCGUCCUUCAGAGUCUCAUCCUCUUCAUAACAGCGGUCUGCUGAGUCUCGACCCGGUUCAGGACAAGACUCCCCUCUACUCGCAGCUGCUGCAGGCCUACAAGUGGUCCAACAAGUUACAGUACCACGCAGGUCUUGCUUCUAGUUUGUUGAACCAGCAGUCGCUCAAGCGAUCGGCCAAUCAGAUGGGAGCUUCAGCCAAGAGACGCCCCAAAGUCCAACCCAGUACCCUGGUACUUCCUCCCCAGUACGUGGAUGAUGUCAUCUCUCGGAUCGGCAGGAUGUUUCCUGAUAUGACGAUCGAACUGUUCAGACCCAACGGGACGUCAGCUGUUCUCCUGGUAACCCUGGGGAAGGUGUUGAAGGCGAUUGUCGUGAUGCGUUCGCUGUUCAUCGACCGGACGGUCGUUCGAGGAUUCAACGAGAACGUUUACAACGAGGACGGAAAGCUGGACAUCUGGACCAAGUCUCAGUACCAGGUGUUCCAGAAGGUAACGGACCACGCCACCACAGCCCUGCUGCACUACCAGCUCCCCCAGAUGCCGGACGUGGUGGUACGAUCCUUCAUGACCUGGCUGAGGAGCUACAUUAAGCUGUUCCAGUCUUCCUGUCAGCGCUGUGGUCGCUUCCUGCAGGACGGACUUCCUCCAACAUGGAGGGACUUUAGGACCCUGGAGGCGUUCCAUGACACCUGCCGCAUGUGAACAGACUCACCUGUCUACCUGUCUCACCUGUCAUCAUUUCCUGUUCACCAGUCUGUGGGCUUUGUUUUGUUUUCUGUUUAGUUUUUUAAUAAAGUUUGAU